AUGGCGCCUUCAUUCCAUUUGGUCGCUGGGGCGUUGACUCUACUGCUGCUGUGCCUGGCCUUUGGCGCAGCAGGGGACAAUGACUGUACGGCUAACACCCCCGUGCCAGGGUUUGUGAGCAGGUGCACGGCGGAUCGCAUUGACCCCAGCACGGGGGAGUGUCACUUGCCAUGCUCUGCCACGGUCACGCACAACUACACCUGUGUUGAUGGCGCUUGGGUGGGCGAGGACUGUACAGAUGUCAUUUGCACGCUCUGUGACUGUUCUGUGAGCUAUCGACUCGAUUGCGACGACCUGACUGGCCCCGUGCCCGAGGGUAUUCCCGUACAAACCAAGUUCCUUUUUCUGAACUUUGAUACGUCAGUCAGCACCCCAACGCCAAGUGCUCUACGGGCCUCAAUACCGGCUUUGAGCAAACUCGAGCUGUCUUACCUCACUUUCAGCGAAGUCGAGCUGGACAACGUGGACAACUUGCCCUACCUACCCACACUUACACAAUUCAAGUUGCUGGACGUACGGCUGGAUGUAAUCAACAUGACCUUGAUUCACGAGCGCUUCCCAAACCUAACCGCCUUCUAUCAAGCGCCGCUCGUUGGCACGCUGGUGCUCGGUACGCGCACGACAUGGCCUGUAAAAACUGUCGUGACGGCCGGCCUACCGCAAGGCGCGUUUGCCACCAUCCGAGAGUUUGUGAUCAGCCCGGUCAGCUCUAACAGCCUCCCUGCCAACUUUUGGCAAAACUCUUUCUUGACCGCCUCGGGCGAAAGUGCCUUGACCCGAAUCGCCAUCUUCUUGCGAGAUACCCCGGUCAAUCUAGACCAAGUGGCGCUGCCUAGCUGGUCAAGCAUCACCGAUCUCUAUCUCUAUGUCAGCGGUGAUAACAUACGCUACAUGGGUGUCUUCUCCCUCAUGCGUGCCGUCAACUGGCAAGGCGUCAUGCAAGCAUGGACUUCUGGUGUGCUGUCUGAGUCUGCCAUCACCGUGACCACCGUUGGCGCAUUCAGCUGCGCCUUUCCCGCGUCGAACGCGGUCGUCUUCACCGAUGUCAUGCUCAACUGCACCUGCGUUGACCCGCCCUACCAAGGGGCUUCCCACUGUCCAUACGCCGCACCCCAGGUUUGUCCGGGUGGACAACCUCACAGUGUCACGCAAAUUUGCGAUGGCGUGCAAGACUGCCCUGACGGCAGUGACGAAGCCAGCUGUCAGGCCGUGGUGGAUACCGCCCUGCUUUCGCCUGUCUUUGCCAAUCUACCUUGCUAUUCCCUCUCUCAGGUUCAACUGCGGCGAGGCACCGUGCGCAUUCGCAUCGACCCUUCCGUGCACACCGCAUAUGACCCAACGCAAGGGCGAAAUUACUCGUGUCACGAUGGCUUUGGCGUCGUGCGUGCCACUGGCGCUGUCGAAGGCAUUCAAUACACCUCAGUCUUUCGUGCCGUGCCUUUUGGAAAUCGCCCCUUUGUGUUUGUACGCGUCUUCUUCCGCAUGCCUGGCAGUGGAGCUGGCCUCAACUUUUCCGAUCAGUACGGCAUCCUUCGUGUCCUCAAUGGUUCAAUCUUGGGCGUUUCGGCCGAAGCAUCAACUUCUGAGCCGGCUCCAACCACGGCCGAGGCUGAGGCCUUCCUGGCAAAUUUUGAUGCGUUGUGGGCUGACUCCGUAUUUGAUUCACGAGAGGACUUACAAGCAGCAACCACUGGCGCCACGAGCUUGAAACCUUUGACCAAUGAAGCGCCCGCAAUGGCUACCAACAGGGCCGAUUCGGCGCAGGUCAUCAUCGUCUCGGUCGUCCGAUUUGUCAGCUCACGGCAAGAUCUCAAGGCCGAUUGGCAAAGUCUUAUGCUCUCCAUGGAGCUUGAUGACAAUGCCGUCCGUCUGAUCAACACGGAGGACAUCACCCUUGGCGGAGUGGUUGGGGCCGGGCACUUUGGUCGCGUGGUACAAGCUCAGUGGAGAAGACCGGGUGGCGUGACGACGAGCGUUGUCGUCAAGACCAUCAACGACCUGGAUAUGCCUCGCUGGCGCGAAGAAAUGCUCGCUGAGCUUUGUGCCUUGUUGCGCGUGGGUGAACAUCCCCACAUCACCACUUUCUUUGGGAUUUUACCUACAGUUAUCAAUCAAAAUUCGAUGGCCUUGGUAUUUGAAUUUGCUCCACAUGGUAGCUUGCGUCGCUAUUUGACCCAGAAUCGUGGGGAUCUAGGCCGGGCCGUCAUGACAGAUGCUGCAGCGCAGCUGGCCUCGGCCAUGGUCUUCGUAUCGCGACGAGGGCUUGUUCAUCGUGAUCUGGCCGCUCGUAAUGUGCUGGUGUUUGCUGAUACACCCCGGCUAUAUGUCAAGCUCUCGGAUUUUGGCUUGGCACGAGUCUUGAACAUGUCACAAGACUACUAUCGCAGCCUGCGCAAUGAGGAACUGCCGCUCCGGAGCUUUGGCGUUUUGCUGUUUGAGCUAUUCAGCGGUGGGGAUCUGCCGUACGCAGGUGUACCAGCAGCCGCGGUCAUAGCAUUCAUUCGGAAUGGUGGCCGCCUGACCAUGCCAGACUCUUGCCCACCAGAUGUUUGCCGGUACUUUGACGACUGCUACCCCUUGCCCGCCACACCAUUCUCUCUUCUCAACCUCACUGGCAUCGUUACCUCAACGUUGUUGAGAGACAGAGGCAAGGCCAACAAGCUGGAACUCCAGCGCGCCAACCGGCAAUUUAAGGACAUGAUGCGCAAGCAUGAGAAACAGAUGGAACACCUGCGCUUCCUCGUGGCCAAUCGACUCAACGCACGCGAGGACAAGGGCUCCGCCCAUGGCGCUUCUCAGCCCGAUGCAUCGCUACCAGCUGACAUUCACGAGCGAGCCGACUGGAACGAAGCUUUGAAGCCCAUCGGUUACAUCGAGUCAUGUUUCAAACGCAAGAACGGAACCCCGCGGCAACCCAACCUCUGCCCCAUGUCUCGGGCCAAACUCAGAUUGCGCUGCUUCAAUGACAAUCAUCCAGCAUUGGAAGGGCUGCAUCACUACUCCCAUGUGUGGAUCAUCUUUCUUUUCCAUCUCAAUGACAACGUGGCCGUCAAGCCCAAGAUUCGUCCUCCCAAAGCCGGUGGCUUGCGUGUUGGCGUCAUGGCCACCCGAUCGCCACAUCGCCCCAACCCCAUUGGUCUCAGCCUCUGCAAAGUGCAUCGCAUUGAAGGCGACACCAUCAUUCUGGCUGGCAUUGAUCUGGUCGAUGGCACGCCCGUCCUCGAUGUCAAGCCCUAUCUGCCGUUUUUUGAUCGCCCUGUCGACGAAGUGCGCAUCGCUCCCUGGGUAACAGAGGCAAAACGCACGGAGCUGCAGGUUCAAUACACCAGCGCUGCCGAGCAGCAACUUCAGGACGUCGCUCCGCACCUGCAGUACUUUGAAUCAAUUGACGAAUACAAAGAGGCCGUAAGCAGCAUCUUGGCCGCUGAUCCUCGUAGCAAUUAUCGGCGCGAAAAGUGUGCAGAUCGCGAUUACGCAUUCACCUUGGAUGAGUCAGAUGUUUGGGUACGCUUUUUGAACCCUGGUGAAGUCUUUGACGAGGCUGCGUUCAACGCCACCGCACCCUUGUCGGCUUCACGGCCCCGCAACGACGACACCCCGGCAGCCGCUGGGGGUCUCCCCGCAGACCCCGCGGCUGCUAACCCCGCUGUGGCUGGACACGACGGAUCUUCCGAUGAACAAGGCACCCAUUAUAUCGCCCGCGCCGUAGUCUUGCGCAUCAAGCGUUAUGUCCCCAAGCGCGAGCGUAUUGCUGGUCAUCUGAGUGACAUGCUCGACGAAAGCCUCCAGCUACCCGAACGCGACUGGUAA